UUUUAUAACUCACUUUUGCUGAAGUCAUUAUGAUAUUUUUGCAUACACGUUUUUACCGUAAAAUAAUCAAUCGGUGUGCCCGUGUUAACAACCAACGUACGUUUAGUUUAAGGUUAUAUUUCCUGCAAUGUAAUAAGUUUGAUAAGUGCUGUUUAUUUGAGUGAAUGUGCGGAGAUACGUAUAGCAGAAAAUAAAAAAAAAUCUGAUAAAUUGCAAUGGAAUAUUUUUUAUCGGUUGUAUCAGAUUGUUUAUUGUAAUUAUUUACUGCAGUAUUUUUAAUAAAUAUUUACGUUGAACUUUAAAUUCAUUUUGAGGUACCAUGAUCUAGGUAUCCUUUCUUCUUAUUUUCCACUUUCGAUUAAAAUACUUUUUCAUUGUGUUAACUGCUUUGUGCAUUUUCUACAACCGUUUUGUACGAUAUUAAGAAGUCUUUUAAAUUUCGUAGCAAGAAUCUGUGUAUCGUUGUUUCAAGAUUUUGUUCCUAUACACGAUACGUUUAACGAAGCAGGUACGCAACAAUCGCAACGCAAACAAUGGUGACAUAUCCCUCGUGUAAUGCUGUGUAAUCGUAUUUUUGAAACAUUCGAUUUGAACGUUCAAAUAAAAUAAUCAGAGAAGAUUGACAAACACGUAAAUAAAAAAAUGUUUAUCUAAAAAAUAUUACCUUUUUAUCAACAAGGACGAAAAAUGAAAGUUACUGUGAUUUAGUAAAAACGCAGAAACCUUUAAAUAGCAAAUUUUGUAAUACAAUCAAUAUUGCUUAACGAGGACGUUUUUACAGACAAUAUUGGUACUGUAUAAAUAUAUUUCAUGCGUACGUUUUAUAAAUUUCCAUCUUCGGUAAUACGGACUAGUAAGUAACGGAUUUCGAGUUUUUACCUUCGCGAAUAUUUUAUCAUGAUAGUUCGCGCGUUUCCCACUCGGCACGCUCUUUUCCCAAGCUUUCUAUUUUAGAAAUGAACAGCAACCAUCUCUUGUUUGUAAAACCAGAAAUUUUGCAAAGGAAUUUGCUGGUCGUGAUUCGCUAUAUUUAGAAAUUUCUUUCGGAAAACACUGCUGGGAUCGAGAAAUCUAUAAACUUUUAUGGUUUCGUGUGGCGUGUGUCGCGUUGUUUCUUUUUCGGAUGUUGAAACUGUGGUGUAGCAAUGUGGAUAACCGACACUGUAGCAAAGCCAUAAAGUUUCAAAUGUAUUCAGCAAUUUAUGAAAUGCGAUCGACAACUUGCUGAUUAACCACGAAAACACCUUAGAGAAAAAGAAUUACAUAUUACGAAUAUUAAACGAUUUACACAAUAUCUAAAAACAUGUCCGUGACCUUUGCUCAACGCGGCAGGCCGCCACCAAAUCCUGCUCAGAUACAGAAGAUGCUUGAUGAGAAUAGUCAGUUGAUACAAACAAUACAAGAGUAUCAAAACAAAGGAAAGUCACAAGAAUGUAUACAAUAUCAACAGAUGUUACAUCGUAAUUUGGUAUAUUUGGCAUCAAUUGCUGAUGCCAAUCAAAAUAUACAAGCAUUAUUACCUCCUCCACAAGGAAUACCCAAUGGUCCUCAACAUGCCAUGAUGACACCGCAAGGUCUUCCAAAUCCUCCUGCUGGUUCUGGUGGACCUGUAGGAGAGAUGCCUCCAAAUAGUCAACCUACAUUACCAAUGUCGAGUUUUAAUCAAGGGCAACCGAUAACACAAGGUGGAUACCGUGGACCUGUUAUGCCUGGACAAGGACCCGCAAUAAACAGACCACCUACUGCACCUGGACCACAGCAAUACAGGGGACCUCAAGGUUACCCUCAACAACCUUCUCAGCAAGGUUAUCCUGCUCAAUACGCUAAUCAAAAUCCUGGUUCCAAUUAUCAAGGUCCUCAAGGAUCUGCGUAUACUCCAGGACAACCAAAUCAAUAUGGACCACCAAAUGCUUCCCAGCAACAAGCAUACAGUGCAUCAUCACAACCAAAUUAUGGUCCUCCAACUACAGUAAACAGUUAUGGUCCACAACCAGGUGGAUAUCCACCUCCAGGAAGCACUCAGCCUCCCACAGGAUAUGGUCCACCACCUCCAAAUCAACAGGGUUAUCCGCCUACUAAUCCUUCUCAACAGAACUUCCCAUCGAGUGGUCAACAACAACAACCAGGGCAGUAUGGUAGUCCUAGCCCACAACCGAAUUAUCAGCAACCUCCAUCUCAGCCACCACCUCAAAAUGCAUACGGAGGUGCUCAGCCUGGAAGUUAUCCUCCUCCUUCUUCUCAAGCAUACGCAAAUAAUGUUCCACCUCAGAAUUAUCCUGCUCCUCCCACAUCCAGCGCUGCUCAACCUCCACAACCUGGAUCUCAACAAACUACUGGUCCCCAGCCCAAUUAUGGUAAUCAGCCAAGCCCUGGACCAGGUUCAACACAAUACGGACCAGCCUCCACGUCUCCACCAUUCAGCACUGCCUCUGCAAGCGGAGUGAACACUUACGCCCAAAGUAGUCAGCCUACAAGUACACCUUCCGCUUCGACUCAAACUUAUCCGCCAAGCAGUGGACCACCGCCUACUUCUCAAGGAGCCAGUUACGCUCCCUCUGUUCCUGCUCCGUCCGGGUAUCCCGUGCAUCAAACACCACAUCCAGCGUCGCAUCCUCCGCAUCAGCCACCGCAUCAGUCUCCUCAUCAACCUCCACAUGCUCCUCAUCAGCCACCGCAUCAGCCUUCGCACCAGUCGUCUCAUCAGCCUCCCGCACAUCAGUCUCCACACCAGCCGCAACAGUCUCAGCAACAGUCACAAACACCUCCGCAAUCGCAACAGCAGCAGUCUCAGAGUCCUGCACCAAGUGGAUUCCAACCACCAUCAGGACCUCCGCAAGGCCCUGCUCCACCGCCGGGUCCGCAACCGCAACCUGGUUAUGGUCCAGCUACUACACAGACAUACGUACCACCAACACCAGGUGGACAGCCACAGGUAUAUACACCACAUCCGCCACAAGGUGGCCAGCAUUAUGGACAUCCACAGUAUCCUCCUCAAAGUUAUCCACCUCCACCAGCAGGACAAGGAUACCCGCAAUAUCCACCGCGUCCUCCUGGCGGCCACAUGCCUCCACCACCUGGACCACAAGGGCCUCCUCCGCCAAAUCAGUAUGGUGGUUACGGCUAUCAACCACCUCCACAAUAGAGUAUAUUAAUGUAAAUUCAUAGUAUUUACACUAAUAUAAAUGUUUUAAAUGCAAAUUCGGAACAAAUGGUACAUAAAGUUUUAAUUUAAUUCUUAUUAUCAUAUC